CACCUCUUCCUUAUCCUCGAAAUAUAAUAUUAACAAGAGAUGUAAUAUUUGGUUAUGAAAUUCAUAAACCUGACGGGAUAUUCAUUUGUGCGCAAAAUGAUUGGGUUUAUUUAACAGCUAUAUGGAAAGGAUAUGGAUCAGAUUAUGAUGAUGCUACUGGGCUCAUUAAACAAUAUAGACGUCCAUUACAUCUACUUCUAUCAUCUAAUAAUAAUAUUGAUCCAAAUAAUAAAUGGCAACUUCUUUAUAUUCAUCGUUUGGAAGGCCCAAUAACACAUAUUUCAAGUUAUUAUCAUGAAAAUAUCCAUAUUACAUCAAAUUAUGGUUUUGAUGAAAAUAAUGCGUUAGCAGUAUUAUAUCAAAAACAAGAACAAGAAGAAAUUCAAUAUGUUUUGAGAUUAUACAAUAUAGGAAAUUUAAUUAUGCCUGGUACAACAAAAAUUAAAUCGUUUCAUGUAGAGGAAUCUUUGAUUUUAUAUUCAAGGUAUCCAGAUAAUGCCAAGUUUCGGACAAUUAAAAUACCUCGAAAUAUAUUUGAAAAUGGCAAGCGUCAAAAUGAAGUAUUAAUUAUAAAGUCUGGUGAAUCAGGACCAAUUCAAAGAAUCGCACGAGAAGAACCAUCGAAGAGAAAAUCUUUGGCAUAUCGUCGUGUGUAUGCUGCAUCUGGCGUUAUUCGUGUUAUGAAUGCAGAAAUAACAGCAGAUGAAGAAUCAUGGACUUUUCAAGUGACAGUUAUUCAUAAUUCUUCGUCCGUUGAUGAUUCCAGCUGGCGAAUUAAAAAAUUAAUUUCGUAUACUCAAAGUUCACCCAAGAGAACAGAAUACGAACAAUUUGAUUUUGGUAUAGCUCCCACACCACCUAUUGCAAUUCCAAAACCAAUUGUUGUGACAGCACGUAAUAUGACAACGAUAUGCAUUGCUUUGAAUGACAUUUUAUUCACCUUUGAUUAUAGUAAUGCGACAUCUACAUCAGAUUCUAAACAAGACUCUUAUAGUAAAGAAGCUUAUAUAGUUCGUAGUGAAUACUUACCACUUAUUGAAGAAUUGCCAUUUCAAGUUGUAGGGGCCGAGGUUAAUGCUAAUGGUAAUAUACUACUUCUUAUUACCCAGGAAAAUUACAUAUUAAUAUUUAAACGAGGACUUGCUGAUAUCCAUUUACCUUCAUCAACACGUUCAAGAAAAG